UUUUCAGCAAUGCAAGACAUGAGGUCGCAAGAUAGACUAAAGAGCUUUAUUAAAGUCUCAAAGAAGGACUAUAAAUCAGAAUGAGAAAAAUUUAUAGUCAGCUUAAGGAAGACGAGGAAGCAGAAAAAGUUCAACGAUAAGAGAAAGAUCUACUCCAAGGUAUUUGAUGUCGAUGACAAGACUUCUUCAAAGGCGGGAUUAGACAGGAUUGAGACGAUAGACUCAUCUCCAUUUUCAACUGAUAGCUCAAUGGAUAAGGAAGAUGCAUGUGAGACCUUGACAAAUAUUACAUCUGACCUUUGAAAGUCUGUUGAUGAACUAGAGAUCAUUGAUUUAGUAGAAAGAUUAUCCAAUUUCUUACUAAGUAGCUGGGAAGCAGACUUUCAAAGGGCACUCCUUACGGAGGGAUUGGUUUAUAAAUAUGCCACUUUUUUGAAUUUUCAGAAUAAAGUACUGAGUAAAGUAAUUAUCAAAUUUCUGGGGAAUCUGUUUUAUCAUGUUGACGAGAUAAACCCUUCUAUGAUAACUUCGAUGGUCGAGUCAGGACUUAUAGAGAUACUUGUUACAAAAACAUUGGUCUCCAUAAAUUCUCUCGAUAUACCUCAUAAGAGUACUUUUGAAGAUGGGAAAUAUGACUUUGGAAGUUUUAACGAAAAGUACAUGCCUAUUUACAAGUUGCUUAUCAAUCUUUGAGCGGUAGAACCAAAGCUAGAACAGGAGAUACUUGGCUGUGAUAUUUUGGAUAGCAUAGUGGUCACAUUAUCUAAUGAUUUCAUGGAAAAUAAUGAAGAUUUUAUAAUCUGCGUAGCUCGAUUACUCAAAGUACUUCUUCCAAAUAUUAAGAGCCAACAUAUCUUGCUAAUCUAUCAGCUUGGAAGAGUAUUAUUUCCAAUUCUCGAAAAGACAGAAAGUCCAGAUCUCCAAUUAGAGAUAUUAAAUUGUCUUAAUUUUAUUUUCCAAUAUGACGAAUCUUCCUGUGAGUAUAAAUACAUCAAGUACAUGUGAGGACUUUUGGCCACAUCAAUGAAGCUCAAGCAAAAGCUAUCUAAAGAAUUUAAUCUCCAAUACGAACAACAAAUACUCUCCAUAAUCUGUACUGUGACUUGUUUCGAAAAAUGCUCUAAGUUUUCCAAACUGAUAUUGGAAAGUAUUCCUUCUAUUCUCAAAUUUUUGAGGAAUAAACAUUCAAAUCUAAAGACCAAGCAGCUAGUCUUAUCAAUUGUUGGCAAUCUUUCCCUCUCAGGCGAUUUAUAUCAGGACCCGCAAAUAUUUACUCAGAGUAUAAAUAAGGUGGUUCUCGAGAUGUUAUUCCAACAUCGUGAACAAUCAAAAGAUAAUUCAGAGGAAGAUAUUUCUUUUGAUUAUAAGCUGUCAGUAUUGGAAUGAGUGAAGACAAUGCUGGUGAAAGUUCCUUAUCAGCUUCAGUGCGAUACGAUAGAAGAUGGAAUAUUGGAGGUAAUGAACAACUUCAUCAACCCCAACAACGAACCUCCCGAAGUCAACAAGGAAUACUUGGUGAUACUCUUCAAUAUCCUGGCAUGAGAAAAUAAGAACCAAGGUAGUGUAUUUUGCAAAGAACGGAUUAUUGAAAGUGAUUGAAUUUCUUUUAUUGAAGAGCUAUGCUCAUAUCCAGACACCACUAUUUCUACCCUAGCUGGAUGAAUCAGCGACCAUUUGGAAAAUAGUGAAUAUUGAAAAAUUGUAUAA